AUGCUGCUGCAUUCCAGCAUCCCACCCAGAAGCCCUGCCACCAUCGCCAUCAGGCCUAAGAGAAAGGCUAAAGGGGAUGCUAAAGGAGAUAAGGCCAAGGUAAAGGACGAACCACAGAGAAUAUCCACCAGGUUAUCAGCUAAACCUGCUCCUCCAAAGCCAGAGCCCAAGACUAAAAAGGAUUCUGGGAAGAAGGGAGAGAAAGUACCGAAAGGGAAAAAGGGGAAAGUUGAUGCUGGCAAGGAUGAGAAUAACCCUGCAGAAAAUGGAGAUGCCAAAACAGACCAGGCACAGAAAGCUGAAUGUGCUGGAGAUGCCAAGUGAAGUGUGUGCAUUUUUUAUAGCUGUCUAUAUCUGGUGACUGUACAGUUUGAAAUACUAUUUUUAUCAAGUUUUAUAAGAAUGUAGAAUUUUGUUUCACUUUUUUUUUAAGCUAUGUUGUUAGCACACAGAACACGUCAUUGUAAUUUUUUGGGGAGCGGACAUAUUGUACUAAUAGAAUGUCUCCAAAGCUGGACUGACAUUGGGGGAAAAACACUUUUCCUUUCCAGUUUUGAGAAACUUCCUCUUGGAUUCUGGAAGGAGGGAUCUCUUGAUGUUGACACACAUUAGCCAUCUUGGCACAAACACCUUGUCGUGUGGGAGAACUAAAAUUCAUUUUUAUGUCCUUUUCUCCCUCUCCACUUUAAGCAUAGACUUUGGCUCUCUUAAGCCCAGAGAUGUAUGGGGACCUGACUCCCCCCAAAAAAUUGAUUUACAGUGUGCUGGACAAUCUGGACUUACCAGUGUCACCAUUGAGAUGGCAUCCCUCAAAAGAGCUGCAGUUCCUUAAUAGAUUGUGGAUCUACAGAUUGAUAUUCUCUGCCAUUUUCAUUUCAUUUCUUGAAAGUCAGGCUCGGUUUGUGAAAAGUUGUUAAACAACAUGCUUAAUGUGAAAUAUCAACCCUCACUCUGAACUUUCCCUGUUCAGAGCAUCAGCUGAAGACUUCACUGUGUUU